GACGCUUUUGUAUUUGUUGCUUCUUACUCCAUUGAGCCAUUUUUCUAUAUUAUUUAUAUUUCACAACUCCAAUCUUAUGUUUUCUUUUAAUCAAUAAUGUUCUGUUCUUCUGACUCGUUUGGUUUGUAAUCCAAUUCCAAUAGGUUAUGAUUACUCAUCAGAGUCAGGUUUUUGUCUUGUGAAACUAUAGAUUCUUCCAUUUUUAAUACAAAAAUCAUAUUGACACUUGAAUUGAAGAUUUUCUUUUAUUGGCUACAAAAGAAGGAAGAGGGUAUAUGAUGGAGAGUGGUGAGAGAGGAGGAGAAGGUUAUGAUGGAGUGAUGAUGACGAUGACACGAGACCCGAAGCCGAGGCUGAGGUGGACAGCUGAUCUUCACGACCGGUUUGUCGAUGCUGUCACAAAGCUUGGUGGUCCUGAUAAGGCAACUCCAAAGGCUGUUCUAAGGUUAAUGGGCUUAAAAGGAUUGACAUUAUAUCAUUUGAAGAGCCAUUUACAGAAGUAUAGACUUGGACAAAAUGGUCGGAAACAAUAUGAAGAACAAUACAAAGAGAAUAACAGGUGUUCCUAUGUAAAUUUCAGUAACCAUUCUUCACAGACUAAUGCCAGUUAUGGAGGUGAUAACGAAGAGGGGGAAAUCCCAAUAGCUGAGGCACUUAAGCAACAAAUUGAAGUUCAAAAGGGAUUAGAAGAGCAAUUUGAGGUAAACAAGAAAUUGCAAAUGAGAAUAGAGGCACAAGAGAAGUAUUUUCAGGCAGUGUUAGAGAAAGCACAAACAAGUCUUUCACAAGUUGGACAAAGCAAUCUUGAAUUCAACUCAGCUUUAUCAAAUUUCAUGGAAAAUAUGAACAAAGAUAGUAAAGAAAACAUAAUAGACAUGAAUGAGUUUUAUAAUAAGAAUCAUACUUCAGUUUUCAAUUAUCAAGAAGUACUAGGAACAGAAGAAAAUAAAGAACUAAAGCCUCAAGUUGUAGGGGAUUCAAUUCAGCUAGACUUAAACAUCAAAGGUGGCAAUGAACUUUUAUGUGUAGAUGGAGCUGAAAUGGAAUCCAAGAUGGUUUCAUAUAGGGUAUUCCAAUUUUGAAUUAUCAUAUGCUUAACCAUUAAUUUUGAAUAUUCUACUUCCCCUCCAUAUAUUCCAUAAUUCUCACCCUUUGUCUUGUUGGAUAAAGUUGUAUAUUAGGAUUAACAUAAAUCAUAAAAUGUUCAUGAUUUCUCUCAUAUAGUUCUAGUCUAAGUUUCUAUCUUAGACAAGCUAUAUGCAUAUUUGAUUUUUAUAAAUUUUAAUUUUCUAUCUUUGUGUACACCAUAUAAAUCAUAAUUGAUUUUUAUAUUUCCCAAGCA